CAAGCUUCACAAGCAGGAUACAGAGUUUUGUUUUAUUGAUAGACUGCAAUCAGUUGACUAAUCUAGCGUAUUGAUGCCAUCUAUCAUUCUGUGCAUUGCAGUAAGGACUUCCCACUCAGUGUGAUGUCACCCUCAGCAUUUCCAUAUCAUUUCUAAGGAGUUUGACUGGUGGCUGCAAAGAAAUCUACAUGAACAGCAAGGAAAGGCAUUUCAGUAUUAUUCCCUUCAAAUUUAAUAAGCCAUCACAUUUCCCUGAUAUAGUUCCUGCAGAGGGCCUUCUUGAUAAGAGAACAGCUUUUGUGUGGCUGCCAUGGGAGCAAAGCACCAACAGCAGCCUGCAUAUGGUUGAGUUGCUAAGUGUCAGGGAAUCACCCACGGAUCAGCCCUUGGCACACAGCUCAGCAGAGCAGAUCAUCAGGGAUCAUCAACAGGAUUCCCUCUGUAUUGCAUGUAGAGGUGCUAAGCAUGAGCCACUUAUAUUCUUCUCUCCCAUACUAAACUCAAGGGAUCAUACAACAAAUCAGAGAAACACAAAUAAUAUGGAAGAGUCUGAUAAGAAUGGAUGGGCUCCAAUACACCAUGCAGCUUACAGAAAUCACAUAUCACUGAUAGAACGCCUCAUAAAGUCCUCUGGACCAGAACAACUGGAAACCUUGACAAGUGACAACUUUCAGAAUACCCCAUUACUUCUAGCUAUAGCAAGUGGGAGCAAAGAAAUGGUCAAUUUACUGAUUAAACAUGGUGCAGACAUCACAUUCCAUAACAGGCAAAGUCAAGGGGUAAUAGAGAUUUGUGCCAUUUAUGAGCAUGUGGACCUUCUGAGAUAUUUUCUGUAUCUUACUGAUCAAAACCUCAAUGUAUAUAAGAAGCUGGUGGCACUGCUCUCCUCGGACAGAGAAGACCAUGUAAUUAGUGCAUGCUCUGUCAUUGCUGGGCUGAUAGGGCAACAAGAAGAUGCCUUGACUUCCCAUGUUGACAGCUUGCUAGCAGAAUCAUUGGUAUUAGGCUUGGUCACUGUUCUUGAGAAAAACAUUUCCCAAAAUGUAAAGAAACAUGCACUAAAUAUUCUAAAACUUGUUUUGGAAAACUCAAAUGCAAAGAAACAGGUCUGUGAAGACAAUCAUGCUGCUGCACUAAUUUCUAUGGUUUCCAGUGUGCCCAGACAACUUGUUCCUGAUGUGUUAGAUGCAGUGUGUGAGCUGAUAAAUGAAAAGAGCUUUUCUGAAACGUACUUUGCCAACAUAUUUCCAGUACUUAUGAAAUUGCUAUCUAAUAUCAAUCAAAAAGACAACAAGGAAGUCUUGCAGCCAGUUCUAAAAGCUAUGGCCUUAAUGGCCGCUGCUUCACCAAUUUGCAAGGAUGCCUUGGGGAAACAAACUGAUCUGGUUUCACUUUUGGUGAGACUGUUUUAUGAAUGCCAACAGAAAACCUUGUUGGUUGCAUGGAGUGAUGCUGUUGGAAAUAUUGCCGAGGGAAAUCCAAGCAACCAAAAUGCCUUUAUUUGUGAGAAUAUAGGGACAAAUCUUCAUCAGAUGCUGAAAUUUAAAACCAAGGAUGUACAGAUGUCGGCCAUCAAAACCAUAAACAGACUUGUGUCCAAUAAUGAGACUGCACAGAAGACAUUCAUGGAACAAAAUGGAAUUUCUCCCCUUAUUCAUCUACUCAAGAGAACACGAACAGUGCGUACUCAGGAGGAAAUUUUGCAGACUCUUUGGGCUUUAGCAGGAGCAGACAAGGAAAGACAGAGAACAAUUGCGGCCAGAAUAGGUGUAUCCUUGCUAGUGGAAUUUCUGGAAACCCCUUCAUACAAGCUGAAUAUAAUUGGCAGUAACGCACUGAGUAUUUUGGUUCAGGGUCCAUAUGAUGUGAGAAAUGCUGUUGCGUCUGCCAGUGGAGCACACCAUCUGGUCCGGCUGCUGACAUCAGACAUGGAGGAUGUACUUCUCAUUGCAGUUCAAGCUGUUCGGCAGAUCUGCCUUGGUGUUGGUUUUAUUUCUCAUCACAAAAACCAGACUGCUGUUGCAGAUUGCAGAGGCCUUCAAUACCUGGUUAUAUUAUUAAUCAAUUCUCAAUCAGAAUUAAUCCAAGCAGAGGCAGCACUUACAAUUGCAGCAAUUGUUCUAGGACACAGUGGGAACCUGGACCUGCUCUGCAAGGAUUCAGAAUUCAGUUAUAAAUACGUUCUGCACUUGUGGCAUUCUCAAAGAGAAGAUGUUGGCCUUCUAGCUGGUUCUGCUUUAGCAACCUUUGCUUUUAACAGUCCAAGUCAGCAGAAGGCCAUUGCCCGGUGUGGAGGAGUCAGGUGGUAUCACUUUGAGCCCUUUCUGAAAUCUUCUAAGGAGACGUUUAGGGCUCAUACAGCUUUCCAGUUAAUUGUUCUUGCACCUAUCAUACUUGACAAGAAGCCAUCGUAUACCUGCGCUGUUGGAAUUCAGACUCUUACCAGUUUGCUAGAACAUUCAACCUCAGAUGAGACUCUUGCCCUGGCAGCAGACUGUGUGGCAAGACUGUCUCACUCAAGGGCAGGUCUUCCAGCUGCUAUGGUCUCAAUAGAUGUUGUCAGCAUGUUAUGUAAGCUGCUUUCCAGUGUAUCAGAACAAGUUCAAGGCUCAGCUGCUAUUGCACUGAAUUACUUAAGCUUUAAUCAUAUGGCACAAAGGCAGCUUCUGAAGAGGUGCAGAGAAGAUCCCCAACUCAUGAAAGUGUUAAUUUACUUUAAUAAGAAACACAAAUGUUCUAUAAAUUUUCUUGAGAGAUGGAAACACAUAAGGGAACUGACCCUGCCGUCUGUCAGGAAAAGAAGAAUAUCUUUACCACCAAUUAAUAACCACAUAAAGGACAGGACAACACUCAGGAACCACCUUGGGUACAAUUAUAUCUAUUAAAAAAAUCAGCAACCACUGAUUAACAACCACUGGCAAACACCAAGAAAGGACAAUCAGCUACUAAAUAUAUUCAGUUUACCUGCACAAGAGCUGCCAAACAUCUCUUAAAUUGUGUCUUUAAUUGUUUUUAGUUUUUAUUUGCCCUGUUUUUUAUUGUGCAACUCCAAUAUAUGGAUAUUGAUGUUUAAUGCUGGCUAAUCUGAACUGUGCCUGGUCAGAACUGUUUCCCUUGCCUUCAAGAACUUUUUACCUACAUUAGGUAAACAAAUAAAAGUAAAGAUGUAGUUUUGGAAACUUGUCAUAGGGCAAGUUUUAAAUUAAGAUUGCAUUGAUUCUUGAGAGAUUCAGUUGAAAAUGUGUGUUAAAACUUUGUUUUUGCUGAUCUGUAGUGAGAAAGCCUCAUACAUGCCAAUUAGGACACGUUAGUAAAAUUAAAAUCUAAAAAAUCCAUAUCCAGAUCUUAGACUACACCCUAGAGCUCUAGUCAACCUCGAAAGGCCAGGGCUGACUUUUACGCUGCCCAAUACUCAAGAAGCCCCUCCCCUUUUACACCCAUACUUGUGACUAUCCUGUUAUAAUAGAGGACAUUUGGCAGUUACGAAAGGUUUAAAACAGCAAAUAGAAUAUGUUAUUCAAACAGGUUUAAUCCUUUUAUUUGAUUCUGUCCUUUACAACAUUUUCUAAGGGGUACACUAUGGAUGGAAUUACAGUUUGCAUGAAAUUGGUACACAAGGCACAAAAAGGCCCUCUCGCUUAUAAACCUUACUGGAAAGAUUCCUCUAAAUGUAUGUAUGAAUUUAUUGUGUUACUGUUCCUUUAAUAUAUAAAAAACAAUCACUGUGGCAAUUGGAUGCACAAAUACAAUCUAGCUAUGUUCCUUUAACAAUUCAGUCCACGCUUAUGUUGCCAUGAACAAAGAAUUGAAUAGUGAAGAUCUUCCAGUUCAUAAAUGCAUUGCCAUACUGCAGAACUGCCCCCUCCCUACCCCCUUCAUCGUCAUCCAGAUCAUGCAACAUUACGCAGUGUUUGCCACAUUUUUGGGCGAGGGGGCUGUUAUACUAGUACACUUUCCCAUACUGUGUAAUUAUGUACUUUCUACAUUGACUAUGUGGAUUAAACAUAUAUGAAGUUACACAUUUUGUGACAGAUAUUGGUAGAAAUAAGACGGUCACUGAAAUACUUAUUCUAAACUUGCACCGUGCCUAAUAGCAUUAUUCUCAAUAACAGUCAAGUACAAACAUAACAUGUACCAAUUCAAGUGCUUGUUUUGUGGGCACCCCCUAUUAUGCUAGUAUUCUGUGCAAAACCACCUAUAGUGGGUAAAAACCGUGACAUUUUUUUGUGCCUAGCACACAUCAUAUAUGAGCACUUUCAAACAACUGAACUUUAAAUACUUAAAAGAUAAACAACUUCGUUUUCCAACAAAUAAGAUAAAAUUUAAGUGAAUGCUCAAUAAGUGAAUCUUAAGUGAAUGAAUCAAUAAAAAAUUAAGUGAAUGCUACCAAUAUAUUCAGCUGAAAAACAUGAAACAAGCUUAAUACAAAAGGUUGAAUUAACCAUCUCAAAUAUGGCUAGCCAUCAGCGCAAGUCCAAGUGUAGAUGCAAAGUAAUUUUACCCAUAUUUGGACUCAUUAAUUUAACCGUAUGUAUUAUGCAAUGUCAAUGCUAUAAAUGCUUUUUACUAAACAUUGUUAGCCAGCAAAAAACUGUUAUAAAACUAUUUUUAAAUAUGCAUAUUUGGCAUAUUUCAUUUGUUUAUGGGGUUUAUUAUCUAACUAGGAUAUGGGGUAAUAGUUCACAGCUCGAUGUGGUCUUUUCUCUUUUCUAUCCUCAUCAUUAUUUCAGGGAGGGUAAUAGUCCAGAACUUAAAUUUCUCUUCCUUUAGUCUUUGAGACAACUUCUGUUCCAGGCAAAUUUCCAGAUAGUCUUCAUCUUCAUCAUAUUUUAGCCAUUCUGUCAAACCAGGCCCAUUAGGAUCCCUGCAAAUAAAGAUAGAAUAUAGUGUCCUAUAUUCACCAAACAUUGCAUUUCUGCUGAAUGCUGUAUGUUCCUUUAGUAUUGUACACAAAACAGAAUAUGCAGUAAAAUAAAAUCAUGCAACCAAUUAGAAGGCUCAUGCAACUUGAUUCCCAAGUGACCGUCAAAAAGUUGGGGAAGUACAAAGUAGUAAGUGGUAUUUUUAAAGACUAUUCAUUAUUUAAAUGAAGCAAGCAGAAUAAUGUUUCUGGUUCUUUAGAACGGUUUGGUAACUGCUUUGUAACUACCCAAGUUAAUCUCCACAGUAGUUCAUCUAUUCUGCUUGCUCUGUAUUUUAACCUGCCAAACCAAUUGCUUUACCUCUGUAUUGUGAGUAUUUAUGGCAUAGUCCUGUGGAUCAAUUGUCUUAGACAAAUAAAUCAGUUCUGUUUGA